UGAAUGAUUACAGCUAUAGAAUAAUAGCUGUACUCGAAGGAAUUCGUUUGUUUUGCGAGCGCUGAGCGUUCGUUUGAUUUUGGUUAAUGUUUUAUUAUACAAACGUUAAAGAUAAAGGCAUUUGAGAACGAAGAUAGAGACUGGUCUUUGGAACAUAUUGUUUCCAGUGGAGAUCCUUAACAAGUGGAGGUGAGGUGAACAUUUAUGGUGGUGAACCAGUGAGGCUAUUGUGAACAAUGGUGUUUAGCGAAAGAUAUAUUAAACUGGCAAAGACUCAAUUGAGUCUUUAACAAAAGCCCUCGAACAAUUGAGUGAAAUGAGUUUGUCCUCAAAAUUAAUUUAAAAAACGGCCAAGUGUGCAACAAAUCCUCUAUUUUUUUUUAAACUUGGGACAUAGGAUUCAUUUAUUAUUAUCAAAGAUCAUUUUAAUAUCCAGCUCAAGGUAGCGUCUCCUUUUAGGAGUCUUCCGUUCAAGUAUGAUAGGACUAAGUCGACGAGGGGUUAAUGCAGGACCUUCAUUGAGCUUGCCAUCUACACUGGAAGACUCGACGAGCAAUUGGAAAGGAACUUCUGCAGGCACUUCUGAUCCUUCUCAAAGCGGUCCUGGUGGGGCAGGUGGGCCAGGUGGGCCAGGAGGCCCUGUUGCUGCGUCUGCUGGUCCUAAUGGUCCUGGAGGAUCAGGACCACAAGGUGGCGUAAAUAAUUUCGGUGCUCCUGGUGGUCCUAACAAUUUCGUUGGUCCAGUAUUUCCCGCUUCUGGCCAAGGAUCUCCUGCCGGAGGAUCGGCAGGCAACAGCUAUCAAAAUGUUCCACCCGGAACUGGUUCCAACACUCCACAAUAUACAGCUUCCCCAGCUCCAUCAGGAUCAUCAACUCCUGGACCUGGGCCUCCUCAGAAUGUAGGUUCGGGAUUUCCUCCUCCGAAUUCAAGUGGACCAUACAAUGGACCGGUUGGUGGUGGAGGAGUUCCUGUCGCUGUCGGUCCGUUUAGCUCCCCGUCCUCGAAUGGACCACAAUUUGGUAGGCCGAGCAGCUCGGGCUCAGCAUUCGGUAGCGGGCCCCAUUUUACAUCUCCCAGUGGUCCUGGAUCUUUCGGAACUCCACAAUUUAGUCUACCGCCUGGAUCACCGUUUGGACAUGGGCCAAAUGGUCCUAAUAUAGGAGGUCCAAUGGGACAGGGGCAUUUAAUGAGCGGACCUCAAACCGCCGAUCGUAUGGACCAAAGUCAAUUGAAUGUACCCAGGAGGCAUGCCUAUUUUGGACAACCAGACUAUAGAAUCUAUGAGUUAAAUAAACGAUUGCAGCAACGAACUGAAGAAAGCGAUAAUUGUUGGUGGGACUCGUUUGCAAACGAGUUUUUCGAAGAUGAUGCAACGUUAACGUUAACUUUUUGUUUGGAAGAUGGACCAAAAAGAUAUACUAUAGGACGCACUCUGAUUCCACGAUAUUUUCGAAGUAUUUUUGAAGGUGGCGUAACAGAGUUGUACUUCAAUUUACGACACUCGAAAGAGUCCUUCCACAACACUUCUAUCACAUUGGACUGCGAUCAGUGUACCAUGGAAACAAUUCAUGGUAAACCGAUGUACACCAAGGUGCUUACAGAAGGACGACUUAUAUUGGAAUUCACAUUUGACGACUUAAUGCGAAUUAAAUCAUGGCACAUGGCCGUCCGGACGCACCGUGAGCUUAUUCCACGUUCAGUGAUCGCAUUACAUAGCCCCCAGCCAGAUCCAGCAAUGCUGGAACAACUGUCAAAGAACAUAACGAGACAAGGAAUAACCAAUUCAACCCUUAAUUAUCUGCGCCUGUGCGUUAUAUUGGAACCUAUGCAGGAAUUAAUGUCAAGGCAUAAAGCUUAUGCACUAAGUCCUAGAGAUUGCUUGAAAACGACAUUGUUCCAAAAAUGGCAACGGAUGGUCGCACCGCCUGGUAAGAAAGGAGAUGCCCAAAGACCAACAAACAAACGACGAAAGCGUAAAGGAUCUAGCUCAGGUGCAGGAGCAGGUAAUACUGGACCGCAAAUGCCCAACAAAAAACGAUCUCCAGGUCCAAACUUUUCGCUGGCGUCUCAGGUAGAUGUAAUGGUUGUUGGUGAGCCAUCACUAAUGGGUGGCGAGUUUGGAGAUGAAGACGAGCGACUAAUUACACGGUUGGAAAAUACACAGUAUGAUGCAGCCAAUUCACUGGAGCACGAUGGGCACAAUGCAUUUGGAGGUCAUAACGAAAGCUCUAUGACGGGUGGAGCGAACUCAUGGCAAGUUGAUCGCGGAGGAGGUCCCUCUAAUAAUUCUGGUUCAACUAGUCAGGAUGGAGAAAAAAAGAGUCCUUCCGUCUCUCAGUGACAGACCUAAAUUCAACGCACUCAUUAAGUUUUCAUUGUAUUCCAUUCGUUUGAAAAAGCAAUCCCUGCGUAAGUGCGUUGAUAAAAGCUAUAAUACUGUACUUUGUCUAUGUAAUGAAACAUUACCCAAUUUUUGUUUUAUUAUUUGUGGCUCUUGUUACCGAGUGUCUACUGCAAGAUCCAACCCGAAUAAUCGUGAUCAGAUUGCAUACCAACAGAUCCGCAGACAGCUGUACCAUAUUCUAAUAUUACGUCAAAUGGUGUCUAUUUACUAUAAACAGUAUCUGUAGAAACUGAUUGAAUGAAUUUGACAACAUAUGCACACACAUACACACACUCGCGAGCGCAUUGUGUGUCUUAUAAGAUACCGUUUUUGUAUUGCAAAUACCGUUGUGAUACAUUACAACUCGCUAACUGAUGAUUGAUGAUAAUCAUUAAUAUUAAUUGAAUAAAAAUAAAAAUAUUUUUUGGAAAAUAUUGUGUUUAAAAGUUCAAAUUGUAAAAGAAUUAGGACCGUUCAUCACAAUAGUCUGCAAGCAUUCUAGGGCUCUAAGGUUUCGUUCAAUUCCGUAAAAUUAAUCCUCUUCCUCAAUGUUGUCAUUGUUGAGAGCACAUCAUUUUCAAUUUAUUUGAGUUGAACUCAUUGCAAAAGGCAAUAUUGGGCCUUUGAAUCAAACAAACUAUUGUUUACUCGUCGAAGUCGAAUUUUAAAAAUAUCGGAUAAAUACGUAUAUCAAUGAGGUGUAAUAUCUGUUAAUUAUAAAACAGUCGUUUGGUAUAUGUUUGCAUGUUUUGAGUUUUAGGACUAAAAUUAAUUUUAGGAAUAAAUUAAUUAUUCUGUUUCAGUUUUUGUACAGUUAUAUAAUUUCGUUACUGAAUGCAGAGGACAAAAUGACGAAGAAACAAAUUUAAACAGAACCUGACUGUUGCCCGAUUUGUGUCGUUUAAACAACCCAUAUAUAAUGUAAAUAAAGGUUAACGUGCACUCUGGUUUUUUUUUAAUUUUGGCAUUGAUUUAUUGCAUUUAAAUUCUUCGAAUGUCGGGUCAAAGUAUUAAAUCUUCACGGUUUGUUAAUAAAGCAUAUAUUGAAACAUAUUUACUUCAUAAUGCAUGUUCAUAUGCUUCAGUUUUAUGUACUGUUUUUUUAACAAAUAGAAAAAGGUUAUACUUUUUUAUAUAUCACAUAGUCAAUUGCCACUAUAAGAAUAAUUAUCGUAUAUAACAAUGCUUUGCUUAAGUAUUGGCCAUUUGGUUAGGUUAGUUAGGAGAUUUUAUUUAAAUUAAUUCGUCUUUGAUAGCCUUGACUCGAUGGAAUACCCAAUAUAUGAUGAUUUUGGUAUCAGGGUCGGUUUGCUAGUAUACUGUAAAAGAAUUAUUCGAUUAAAGAUACUUUUGCAUAUACGCAAAGUGCUAUUCCAAGGUUUUCCAAGUAUGGAUAUAUACAUGAAUAAAAUCAUCUUCAUGAUUGUUCUCAGGAAAUGUUGAAAUAAAGAAUAUUUCAUUAAUUUCCGAAGUCCCGUCAGAGUUUGGUUUAAAGAAAGUAUAGAUAAUAUGAUGAUGGACUAUAGGCAGCGCCAAUGCCUAUAUUUGCUAAUCCUUGAGACUAUAGGGUAUUAGUAAAAAAACAUAGACGAAGUUAAGUUUCACUCUUCACUUUCUUCACAAAUUUAGCGCAAAAAACGUGGGUCGAUCAAUAAAAUUAAAUGAAACAUCAUUCAUAUUUUUACACUCAAUAAUUAGGAAACCGCUGUAAUGAAACCAAUUGA